GUGACGCAGGUAGCUCGUGCUGGUCAGCUGGCACUGCUGUUUGAGGAGAGCAGCAGCUUCAGAGCCGCCGACUGAUGAUGGAAACACGGAUGGAGCUUUAGUAGAGAGCCGGGGAGGAGAUGCUGCGGAUGCUGUGAGACAAAGCGAGCCGUGUUUAAGCCCGCGUCAGCCUCAGCUACACCUGCCGUGGAUGAUUAUCUCGAUGGGUUGUGGAGGGAGUCGGGCGGACGCGAUCAUCGAGCCGAGGUACCAUGAAAGCUGGACAAGAGAAACAGAAUCGACAUGGCUUACUAACACGGAUGUAGAGACCCCUCUUCCAGUAGCAAACAGUAAACCUCUGGAAGCCAACAUAAGGGAGAAGAGGAUGGUGAACACGGGCACCCAGUGUGGGAAGCAGGCCCUCACCACCAGCAGCUCCAACCACCAGAGGAGACCCAGGCGCUCUUUUAGUGAUGUAGGUGUCACUGGUAGCAGGUACUGGCAUGUCAAUCUACUCGUGACUCCAAAAGGAGGUCAUCAAAGGAGGCCAGUGCUUUGUCUAAGGAUGGGCAGCCGGUAAGCGCCAACAGCAGUGACGAUCCAGAACCUGAAAACGCCUGUGACGAAAGAUGAACCUCCGCAAGGAGGAAGACGGCCGUAGGUGCGAAUGCCUCUCCAGAGGACAAGAUGGUGAUUUGCAGACGUGCGUGGCUGAUUUUAUUUUAUUUUUUUUAUUUUCUAUUUUUUUGCAAGAUCCUGGCUGUUGUUCGCAGUGAUUUACAACACAAGCACCUGCGUACGUCUCCAUCCAAAGACCUGUGGAUGCUGCAUCUUCGUUGUGCCACUGCAAAUGCAUGUGUGAAGAAGAGAGUGGGUAACGAGCAAUGUUCACACUUUACACCAUGCUUCUCUCCCAUGCUUAUGGUGCCAGUCAGGGAAUGUGUCACUGUGUUCAGCCAGUGUGAAGAAAAAAAAAAACAAAAAAGAAAAAAAGAGCAGAUUGUCCCAUAUGCACAUGAUAAUUACAAGCAGUGUGUUCUGUGUGAGGCCUUCCUAAGAAUUUGCUUCAGUUCUUUGUGCAAGUAUACUCCUUUUGUUGUGAAUGAUUAUCAGUAGUAUGGGAACUAAUACCGAUGCUGUUUAACCUCAGUCAAUGCUGUAAGUAAUUUUCAUUUAAAAGAACCAGAAGUGCUGUUUAGAAGCUGAGAUUUGGAGGCGUGAAGCUUGAAGGCUAAAGACUGCCUUUUCCAGCCUUUCGCAAGAUAUACAAACACAUCCGCAUGUGCCUACAAUUAAUCCUGAUUCAAAGUGCUGUUGUGUUCUCUUUCAGUUUGAUUUUUAAAGUUUGCUUUAUACUGUUGUGUUCAAUACUUCUACUUUACUCUCUGUUACGUUGUAAAAUGCACACUUUAUAUUUAGUAUUGUAACAUGUAAAUUUUUUUGGCUUAAUACCGGUCUGCAUGUAUAGAUCGGUGCUAUGUUAAUUUAAUCGAAGUCUCUGCCCAAACUUGAUCAAUAGCAAGCCAUUAAAAAAAAAUCAAUUAAAAAAAAAAAAAGCCUAUCCAACAUUUGUAAAUACAAGCAUACUCAGGAGGAUUUUCAGGAUGGGGCAUCUGGCAAAUUAGAUCAUAUGACCAGCAGAUGGCGUAGUUGACCAGCUGAGGUCUUAAUAUCUAAACACAAAGAGGUUUGAAAGUGGUAACAACCACUUUAAGAAAAGCUCUGGCUUACCGGAAGCUGUCGGCUUCACAUGAUUGUAUGAAGGUCAAUCUGUUGGUCAUAUAAAUAAAUUUAAGAAUCUGAAUUAAAAUGGUGUGCAUGUGAUAAUGGUCGCUUGUCAAGAGUUUUUAAUGACUUUACUUAGAUGAUGUGACGAAAUGUGUACAGACCGCGCCAUAUUUGUGAUGGCAAAACAAACCUCAACGUGUAUGUUUCAAAAUUACUUUUUUCUUCUUUGCAUUAAAAUAUUUGCUGGCUUCUUAAUGUAUGGAAUCCAGGGGGAAAA